CCAGCAGUCGCAUCCUGCCUGCAGCUCCGUUGCUACCGUUAGCCAGCUAAUAAGGGAGUAGCAAGUCAUUUUAUUUUUUUUUUUACACACGGAAUUUCCUUUUCAUGUCUUUGCGUUAUGUCGUUUAACUAAGUAGUUUGGGAAAAUGAAUUUGACUUUUUUCCGCGGCAACGUUUGUUCUACAAGACAAAAUUCUCCCUGUAAAGUCAUUUUUUUUCGCGGUGUCCUCGGUAGCCGAACAGGUUUAGCAAGUCAGUUUUGAUAAGCGAUAGGCUCAUCUGUCCGCCGCCGCCGACGGUCCUCUGUCAGGGGAUAUUUGGACAAAGUCAGUCAGAUGUUGGACGGUAAAAACAUCAUCGGAACUCUAACAUUUUUACACCGGGUUGUGAAGUUGAAUUACCAAGCUGAUCAUCAAUCGUGAAAGUGCCAGCAAUAGUGCGGGAAGGAAGGUCUGAUUUCGGAGGGCGAGAGUUUGGAUCUCGCACCGAAGGAAGAAGGAAGAGAACCCGGAGGGAAGAAGGGACGCUGGGGGAAGAAAAUCCUGAUGCUCAGUGAUGGCAAACGAGCCGAUUAUCUUAAAUGUCUAUGAUAUGUACUGGAUUAAUGAGUUUACCAGCUCUCUGGGCAUCGGAGUCUUUCACUCAGGGAUUGAGAUUUAUGGAAGAGAGUUUGCCUACGGCGGACACCCGUACCCAUUCUCAGGGAUCUUUGAGAUUACACCAGGUGAUGCAACUGAGCUUGGCGAGACCUUUAAGUUCAAAGAAGCCAUUGUCCUGGGCAGUACAGACUUCACAGAAGAGGAUGUGGAGCGGAUUGUGGAAGAGAUGGGAAAAGAGUACAAAGGCAAUGCCUACCACCUCAUGCACAAAAACUGCAACCACUUCUCCUCAGCACUGUCGGAGAUCCUGUGUGGCAGGGAGAUCCCUCGCUGGGUCAACCGCCUGGCCUACUUCAGCUCCUGCGUGCCAUUCCUCCAGAGCUGCCUGCCCAAAGAGUGGCUGACCCCAGCUGCCUUACAGUCCAGUGUGAGCCAGGAGCUCCACGGAGGAGGAGAACUGGAGGAGGCAGAGGACGCAGCCGCCACAGCCUCCCUGGCCUCCAUGUCACCCUGCUCGCCUUCGUCAUCCUCCAGCCCAUCCUCCUCCUUGCCUCGUCAUUCUCGCCACCAGCCUCGCAGGUAGAGGCUGCGUGGCCUGCCAGAAAACUUGGAGCUGGACUUAUAUUGGUAGCCAGGUAACAGAAUACCUGCUGCAGUUGAUGGAUCAUCUACAGCCAAAAGUCCUGUCAGACUGUUCCGAUGCACAGCAGGGUGUCAGCCAAAUAUCUGCAGAAAUCCACAAAAGUGGAAGGGAUUUUCCCUGCAGAGCAAAGGAGCUCUUAUUGCUAACAAAGAUGGGAAACUUGCAGUCAUCUAUCCCAUCAAUCCAAGAUUUAAACUUUUCACAUCAAGUCUGCUUUCAUUAUUUUACCAACUCAAUUCCUUCACACAAUUACCAGCCACAUCCAUAUUUUACCAGUGCUUAGUUAGUGAAAGGUACCCAGGUAGUGAUCCCCACUGGGUUGUAUUCUGCAAAGACAAGAGUUUGUUUUGUUUGUUUUUUUUACGAUGUGGCUGUUAAAAAUUACAGAAGACUGCUACAGCUGAUUUUAUUGGCCUCAGAGAUCUGCCACUUAGAUUUUACAUGUCUUAAAUAUAUAACUGAGGUUCACUUCUGAACUAAAUGUCUUUUUGAAAAAUAAUGUAUACAUACUUUAAUUUGGAAAUGGGCUUAAAAGGCAGGCAAGUGAAGGCUCAGAAAAUUAUAGUUUAUACAUUCAAGGAAUAGUGGUAAGAAGACUAAAUGAGAAAGAUUACAUUACAAAAGAUCAUUAUUAUUAUUUGUGAUAUCCCGAUUUUUAAUUUACAAGGUUUUUUGUGGGCCUCCAAAAUCUGCUGUAAUGAAAUCCACUGAGAAAGCAAGAACAAAAUCAGUAUUUGGAUAAAAUUUGUUGGAAUGUUCAGUGCUUGUGAUGAGGGACCCAAGGAGCUGGAAUCCCGUAAUCUGAUCUUUUUUAGGCAGAUGCUGUUGACACGAAAGCAUUUCUGUCAUUGGAAAGACGGAUAAUCCUGAGUAGAGACAAACUAGUCCAAACUGGCAUGGCAAUGACAUGGUUUUAAAUGUCCAUGAGCUGAGCGCUGGUAUCAUUUGAUCUGUGGCUGGUAAAUGUUUCCACUUCAGCCGGCUGUAUUUCACGUGUCUGGGACAAGUGGCUGCUAAAAUCCUGAAAGUAGCAGGUGGAUUUUUUGGAAUUGAUACUCUUUGCCUCAAAAUGCUGGAUCCUCAGACUUUUAUUUUCCGAUUACAGCUGGCUGUAGGUCUGUGGUCAGCCUGAACUAGAGCUACAAUCAGCUGCAUAGACACGAAUAUUCUUUGUCAGAUUCUCCCUCCCAUCCUGAAAUAACCUCACAUGCUUUGAUUAAAACUAAUGAUGUGGAUUUACCUAAUAAUCAUGAAGUAGCGACAAGUAUUUCAUCACCGAUACUGUAAAAUGUUUCUAAAUCAUUUCAGAGUUAGCUGCAGGGAGUGACUUAAAGGAUACACACUUCUUACUCAGUAGCCGCUGCCAAGGUGCCUUAGAGCACCCACAAGCGUUCCAGUGAUCCAGGAGCAGAAGAUUCUGGUUGUACUGGACAUCUCCCUGUAGUUUGAAAGUGUAAAGCAAAAUGUUUCAUCUGAAUAAUUUGAGGUACACACACACACACACACACAAGUGUGUUUUGCUAUCUUUGUGGGGAAUUUCCAUUGACUUCCAUUCAUUUCUACAGCCUAAACCUUACCU